GCAGUCCAGUCCGGAGGCUAUACUUGCUUCAUUUCGCUGGUCAACUCAUGCAGGGAAACAUGCGUCUCGUCCUGAUCUUAGCUGUACUCGGGCUGGUCGUCGCCAAGCCUCGGGCUGGUCGUCCUUCCUAUCCAGAGGACAUUCGCUGUAAAUAUGCAGGCGGUAGGUGUACGACCAGCACCUGUAAAACUGCUAAACUCAAUGUGGAGUGUGGAGGUGGCGAUGAGAGGAUCUGCUGCCGCCUGCGUAAAGAACGUCUUACAGGAAAGGCGGAACCGGAUGUUGCAUCUAGAUCUGCUCGUGGGGCUGAAGAUCUCGACAUGGUUAACAGAGAUCCGAACAACAUCCACGGGAGUUUAAAUGUCGAUUUUCAUGAAGUUCUUGGUGAGCCGGAAGGGGUACAGUGAACAAUGGUCGUCUUAAACCAUACUCUUUGUGGUCUCUAUAUUCAUUAAUAAUCUUCUCCAACCGAACUUGCAUAUAAGUUGCUAUUAUAGCAAUGUUGAAGAAGUUACAUAUAAUAAGUUUACAAGACAGUAGUUUCUAUUGCAUUUCUUUACCACUGGAAACUUCAAACUAAUUGCUACUUCUGACUAGGUUUCCCUCAAUUUUUGUCUGACAAAGUCAACCCUCUGAACAGUUUAUAACUCACUCUGACUGUAGCCGUUAUAAUCACAGACGUAACAGAAGGCUUGUGACAUCACAAAGUAAAUCAAAGAAACACGAACUGUCCUUUCUCCCCAGAACUCUGAAGCUUUACAAUAAGAGAUAAUUAACCUAAAUAUCACGUAACAGAAUAGGCUUGAUUUUAUCUUCUUGCUUACAAUGAUACAUGCGGCGACUUGUUUGUACUGCCUUUAAAUAUGUUUUAUAUAUGUACUGGCAUCUUUGUGUGAUCAGCUGUAAUAGACCCUAGGAAAGUAGCAAAAUGUUUGUUGUGUUAAUAAAGAUUGUAUAUCUAAUUAUGUAGGCCAAUUUAUAUACAAGUCGCUGCAAGAUACAGAGAACUUUAUACAUUCCUAAAUGCAACAUACAGUAAUGG